GGUUGCUGGGGCGCCUCCACCUCCUCUUCCUAAAGCGGCGAGGCGCAGCAAAGCGGCAUCACUGGAGCCCAGGUCCCAGCCACCGCCUCACGUACAGCUCUACAUUCAGGAAGAGGAGCAGCUCCACAGUUGGCCACGACCUCGGCGGGCGGGCGUCUGAGAGGCCCAGAUCGAGAAGCCUGGGAGAGCAGCCGAGCUACCCCCGUAGGAGGAGCCAGUCUGAUCCCAAGGCGCCACUACUGCAGAAGCAGCGCGAAGUAGCAGUCGCCUCCAUGGCCCACUCACCGGUGGCUGUCCAAGUGCCCGGGAUGCAGAAUACUGUAGCUGAUCCAGAAGAACUGUUCACAAAAUUAGAGCGCAUUGGAAAAGGCUCCUUUGGAGAAGUUUUCAAAGGAAUUGAUAACCGUACCCAGCAAGUGGUUGCAAUUAAAAUCAUUGACCUUGAGGAAGCCGAAGAUGAAAUAGAAGACAUUCAGCAAGAAAUAACUGUUUUGAGUCAGUGUGACAGCUCAUAUGUGACAAAAUACUAUGGGUCCUAUUUAAAGGGUUCAAAACUAUGGAUAAUAAUGGAAUACCUAGGUGGAGGUUCAGCUUUGGAUCUUCUACGUGCUGGUCCAUUUGAUGAAUUCCAGAUUGCCACCAUGCUCAAGGAGAUUUUGAAAGGUCUGGACUAUCUACAUUCCGAAAAGAAAAUUCACCGAGACAUUAAAGCUGCCAAUGUCUUGCUUUCAGAACAAGGUGAUGUUAAACUUGCUGACUUUGGAGUUGCUGGCCAGCUGACAGAUACACAAAUUAAAAGAAACACCUUUGUGGGAACUCCAUUUUGGAUGGCUCCUGAAGUUAUUCAACAGUCAGCUUAUGACUCUAAAGCUGACAUUUGGUCUUUGGGAAUUACUGCCAUUGAACUUGCCAAGGGAGAGCCUCCGAAUUCUGACAUGCAUCCAAUGAGAGUUCUGUUUCUAAUUCCGAAAAACAACCCCCCAACUCUUGUGGGAGACUUUACUAAGUCUUUCAAAGAGUUUAUUGAUGCUUGCCUGAAUAAAGAUCCAUCGUUUCGUCCUACAGCUAAAGAACUUUUGAAACAUAAGUUCAUUGUGAAAAAUUCAAAGAAGACUUCUUAUCUGACUGAACUGAUUGAUCGCUUUAAGAGAUGGAAGGCAGAAGGACACAGUGAUGAUGAAUCUGAUUCCGAGGGCUCUGACUCGGAAUCCACUAGCAGGGAAAGUAAUACUCACCCUGAAUGGAGUUUCACCACUGUGCGUAAGAAGCCUGAUCCAAAGAAACUACAGAAUGGGGAUGAGCAAGAUCUUGUGCAAACCUUGAGCUGUUUGUCUAUGAUAAUCACACCUGCAUUUGCUGAACUUAAACAGCAGGAUGAGAAUAAUGCAAGCCGAAACCAGGCAAUUGAAGAACUUGAGAAAAGUAUUGCUGUGGCUGAAGCUGCCUGUCCUGGCAUCACAGAUAAAAUGGUGAAGAAAUUAAUUGAAAAAUUUCAAAAAUGUUCUGCUGAUGAAUCCGCUUAAGAAACCUGUUGUCAUUGUUGGCUUCUGUGUCAUAUGGACCCAGAGAAACCCACCAAAGCUAUGUCAACCUUAAUAAUGCUUAACCCAGGAGCUCCAGGUGCCUUUUGGAUUUGUGCGACACUGAAGAUUUAGGGGAAGCUAUUCAACUAUUUUGUGAUGGUGGCUAUCAUUUUGUAUUUUAAAGAGAUUAUUUUGUAAGGAAUAAUUUUAAUACUAUAGUUUUGCCUGUAUUGUAGUAAAUGUUGAGAUACAGUUGUUUGUUUGUUUUUUUAUUUUAGGUACCAUUAUUUCUUAUGUUACUAGAAUGAAUAGUGUUGGGUUUUCAAUCUUUAGUUAACUGUACACUCAUGAAACAUACAGGUCUUUCAAAGUCAUCCUAAAUAUUGAACAUCUGUAAAUCAUCAAGCUUAAAAAAAGCAUUCUUUUUUUCUUAUGCAAACAUUCUAAAAAUGACUAUAGGGAGGUAGAAAUAAGACAUACCUUCUUAAAACAAAUAUUUUUAAUAAUCUCUUGGAAAAAAAUACCUAGAAAAGUAUUGAUUUUUCUAGCGAGGUGUUCUGGGUGCCAAACAGCUCCACAUUUAUCACAUUUGAAAACCUUGUAUUUGAAGCAUUUCCAGGCAACAUGUAGCAAAAGAAGUACCUCUUGGUGUUUUUAUCUUCUCUUUCAGAUGGAAGGAGCAAUUAACCCUUAUUUAACAUCAUUAGACAUUUAAAGUAAUCUCAUUUAGCCAAGGAUGAGGGUUUGGUUUAACUGGAGUGGUUUGUCUGGCUUCAGUCUUUAAAUCUUCAGCUCAAAUAACAUAGUACAUGUUUGGAUUUAGAAAACUUUUAACUACCUUGUUGUCUUGUGAGUAGAUACCUGAUUGAUAGGUAUGAACAUAAUGACACCAGCAACUUUUGUCAUGGUAACACAUUUUCGUAGAAACUAUUUAUACGUUUUUCUUUAUAAUUAUCCACACAUAAGCAUAGUGUGUUCAGUUUUGAAAGGGUAUUUAAGUGAACAUGUCUAGCUCAUAUGAAAAUACCAUAGGGCAUGAUCAUUUCUCCUCAUACAAAGGUAAGAUAGACUGUACAGUUAAUUUUCAGUUCUAUUUAUGGUACUGUUAAGUGGGUAAUAUCUUUUUUUUUUUUUUUUUAGCCCAAUAUAUAUACU